GGAAUGUUAUUAUUGUGUGGAAAAUGGCAUGCAUUUGACAAAUAAAUGCGUUAAUGCGCAAAAUGUUUCGGUUUUGCGAAAUAAUUGCUGCAUCGAAAGAUAGUGCAUUGAUAAGUAAUGGCACAACUUCUUAGAGUAUGCAAGCCAGAAAUCUGUUGUGCAAUUAGAAGUUAUAGCACUCAAAGGUACCAACAAAAUCAUUAUGAGACUUUAAAUGUUUCACCUGAUGCAUCACAGAAAGAAAUUAAACGAGCUUUCCUCAGAUUAUCAAAACAACUGCAUCCUGAUACUAGUGGAAAACACAGUCACGCUGAUUUUGUGAAAUUAAAUGAAGCCUAUUCGAUUCUGGGGAAAGAAAGUACAAGACGUCAAUAUGAUUUCAAUUUGAAGUGUCAUAAAUACAGCCCAUCUUAUACAUAUACUUCACAGAGGAUGCAAUAUGGAAGUCAAUGGGAAUAUGAAGUACGUACAGCAGGCGGACCAUGGCCACCACCUCAGCAAAAGCCAAAUGCAUAUUUCGGGCUCGUAAUAGCUCUUUUAUUGUUCGGGUUAGGAUUAGUACCAGCCUUUUUUAUGUUUCAUUCUAUGAGAGUAAGAAAUAUUGUGCGUUUACACGAUGCUCAAUUAGAACAGGAAUACCAACGGAUUCGAGGUGUAGCACGUACUAAAUCCAAUAGUCUAGUCAUAGAGAAUCUUAAUUCCAUAAAGGAUCUUAAUGACUAUCUGGCUAGAGAUAAUAGUGAACGUUAGCAAAAAUUUUAUCAGAAAUUAAAAGAAGCGUCAGUUAUUUUCGAAA